CCCUCGGAGAGCGGCCCCGCGCCUACGAAACCAAACUGGGAGUGGUCGCGCGGAAACUCUGGCUCAGGAUUGGCUGCGGGCGCCCGCCGCGGUGCGGGGGGAUUGCUAAUCGUAUUCAGCAUGUUUUGCACAAGAAAUGUCAGCCAGAAAGGGCUAUCUGCUCCCUUCGCCAAAUUAUCCCACAACAAUGUCAUGCUCGGAGAGCCCCGCCGCGAACUCUUUUUUGGUCGACUCGCUCAUCAGCUCCGGCAGAGGCGAGGCUGGCGGCGGUGGCAGCGGCGCCGGGGGCGGCGGUGGCGGCGGCUACUACGCCCACGGCGGGGUCUACCUGCCACCGGCGGCCGACCUGCCCUACGGGCUGCAGAGCUGCGGGCUCUUCCCGGCUCUGGGAGGCAAGCGCAAUGAGGCGGCGUCGCCGGGCGGCGGCGGCGGCAGCGGGGGCCUGGGUCCUGGGGCGCACAGCUACGCGCCCGCGCCUAUAGACCUGUGGCUAGACGCGCCCCGGUCGUGCCGGAUGGAGCAGCCCGAGGGGCCGCCGCCGCCGCCGCCACCGCCCCAGCAACAGCCACCGCCCCCGCCGCAACCACCCCAACCCCCGCCGCAGGCCACCUCGUGCUCUUUCGCGCAGAACAUCAAAGAGGAGAGCUCCUACUGCCUCUACGACUCGGCGGACAAAUGCCCCAAAGGCUCCACCGCCGCAGCCGAGCUGGCUCCCUUCCCGCGAGGCCCGCCGCCCGACGGCUGCGCCCUGAGCACCUCCAGCGGGGUGCCAGUGCCCGGCUACUUCCGCCUCUCCCAGGCCUAUGGCACGGCCAAGGGUUACGGCAGCAGCGGCGGCGCACAGCAGCUCGGCGCCGGCCCGUUCCCCGCUCAGCCCCCCGGGCGCGGCUUCGACCCGCCACCCGCACUCGCCUCCGGCUCAGCGGAUGCAGCCCGGAAAGAGCGAGCCCUCGAUUCACCGCCGCCCCCCACGCUGACUUGCGGUGGCGGCGGCGGGGGCUCGCAGGGCGACGAGGAGGCGCACGCGUCGUCCUCGGCCGCGGAGGAGCUCUCCCCAGCCCCUUCCGAAAGCAGCAAAGCCUCGCCCGAGAAGGACUCCCUGGGCAAUUCCAAAGGCGAAAACGCAGCCAACUGGCUCACAGCAAAGAGCGGCAGGAAGAAGCGCUGCCCUUACACCAAGCACCAGACGCUGGAGCUGGAGAAGGAGUUUCUGUUCAACAUGUACCUUACUCGAGAGCGGCGCCUAGAGAUCAGCCGCAGCGUCCACCUCACGGACAGACAAGUUAAAAUCUGGUUUCAGAACCGCAGGAUGAAACUGAAGAAAAUGAACCGAGAAAACCGGAUCCGGGAGCUCACAGCCAAUUUUAAUUUUUCCUGAUGAAGCUCCAGGCAACGCCGUUUUUUUUUUUUUUUUUCCCCGCUGCCAGAGAGCCAUUCUCCUCUCUCUGUCUUCGGCCUCUGCCCUCUGCCCAGGAACUCGCACCUGUGCCGGAGCCCCAUUCCUCCCUCCCACACUCGCCAUCUCGCUGGCCGUUACAUCUGUGCAGGGCUGGUUUGUUCUGACUUUUUGUUUCUUUGUCUGUUUGCUUGGUGCUGGUUUACUUGUUUUCUGGGGGAAAAAGCCAUAUCGUGCUAAAUUUCUAGAGAGAGAACUAUUGUCCUGAAGUGUUGAGUGGUGACUGGGCUGGUUUGCUGUCUCGGGGUUCCUCUGCUGGAAAUGGCUCCGGUCCUCCCGGUGGAGCUGGUUUCCUGCGGGGGCGGGCAAACCUAGCCGGAAGGCCGAGGUCCCAUUGUAGGCGCUGAGGUGUCUGGCCUGAGGUCAAUGGUGCAAGGAGCCGCCACCGGGCUCGCCUGCCUGGAGUGCUGGGCUGUGUUUAAUCAGGGGACACAGGCCCCUGGGUUUCUUUUUUCUUUCUUUCUUUCUUCCUUGGCAAAGAGAAGGGCUUACAGGCAUGGACAUGCAGGCUGGCAAAAGGGCUUGACUUUGGCUGAUUAAAAAAUUGAGAGUAAGAAAGAUUAAUCUUUCCUUCCUCUGCAAGAUAUCCCAGCUUUAAAAGGAAAAAAAGAAAAAGAAAAAGAAAAAGAAAAAAAAAAGAACGACCAGGAGAAGGAAACUUCUCUUCCAGUUUGUGUUAGUCUUGCAUUGUGGGACUAAAUUAUUUCACUUACCUCUGAAUUUCCAUAUCCUUCUGUCUGUAGAUAAAUAACCUAAGGUAGUUUUGUUUAUGCGUGUGGAUUUAGUGGGUUUUUUUUUUUUUUUGUCAUUAAGUAAUUGUUACCACUGGUAACACACGACAAGCACACCACAAUUCUCCCUGUCUUGUGGAGAGUUUUCUUUCUCAUUUUCUUUUUUCUUCUUCCUCUUUUUCCUUUCUAAAAUUCAUAGAACCCAAGGAGGGCUGGGGCAAGCGGAAUAGACUAGAGAAGGGAGACUUUGUUUGGGUUUCCUUUAUACUGUGAAAUUACAUGCAUAAAAGGGUCAAACCUGUAGGUGCAGAAAAAGAAAAAUUAUAAAUACAAAUCUGUAUAAAUGUCUAUUAUUAUGAAAAAUUGCCAAUCUUGUUUUAUGCAAAUGCAUUCUAUCGUUAUUAUAAAUGUUAGUUCUAGCUCUAUUUACUUCUAAUCUUAAAUCAGAAUAAAUUAAUAUUGUAAUGCUGCUGUGCGUGGAAAAAAGACGAUGUUUAUGUUCUUAUAGAAGAAUAAAAGCUGUGGAAUGAA